UACUAUAAGGAGAAAAAGCUCAACAUCUCUAAAGCAAUCAGACGACAGGGAGGGCAGUACUCAAAAGCUAACCAAGAGUAUGUCAAUGGGCAGAGAUUACUGUACCAGUCAGCAGAAGGCUACCUCCUGGCCCAGAAGAAUGGGUCGUGGGUAAUGGAGGAACCCAGCCCAUUCUGCCAGCCAGCCAAGCCCUGUUUCCAAUUGGUGUCGCCCCCACCUAUGUUUGUCAGUGGAGGA